AUGAUAAUUGUGAAUUUUUUCUGCUCUUUCCGUGUAGUUUUUUUGUUUAUUUUUUUGUUUGUUUUGAAUUAUGAAAAAUUAAGCGUUGAGGCUACAGUAUUAGCAAUUGAUUAUGGACAUGAAUGGGUUAAAGCAGCGUUCGUUAAGCAUGGGGUUCCGAUAGAAAUUGUUUUAACAAAAGAUUCUAAGCGAAAGGAGCGAAGUGUUGUGGGUUUUGAUGGUGAUGAGCGUCUUUAUGGUGCACGUGCUGUUGAUUUUGCAUUCAGAAAUCCUUCAUCUGUUUUUCCUUCACUCAAAUCUUUGAUUGGGAAGUCAUAUACUUCAGAAGAAGUAAAAAAAUAUAUGGAAGAUAGAAAGGUCAAGUUAGUUCCAGAUGUAGAUGGAUCAGGUGUUUUGUUUGUGCAAAGUAAUCGAACUUAUAGCAUUGAAGAGCUUAUUGCAAUGGUUCUUGAAAAUUAUAAAAUGAUGGCUGAAGAUAUUGUUGGCGAAGAGAUAAAGGAUGUUGUUUUAACUGUGCCAUCGUAUUUUACAGACACUGAGAGAUAUGUUUUGUUAGAUUCUGCUGAAAUAGCUGGUUUAAAUGUUAUUUCUUUGGUUAAUGAUGGUCUUGCAAUUGCAAUCAAUUAUGCUACAACACGUUUAUUUGAUGAAGAACCUCAAUAUCAUGUUUUUUAUAAUAUGGGAGCAGGUAGUACGACAGCUACGUUUGUUUCUUUUAGAACAAAGGUUCAUCCUAACAACAAAACAGUCACUGCUGUGGAGGUUAUGGGUGUUGGAUAUGAUCGGAAUUUUGGAGGUGAUACUAUUACAUGGAAACUUGUGGAUUAUUUGUUAAAUGAGCUUGAGAAGUUAAAAGGAUCAAAAAUAAAAGCUCUUGUAGAAUCAAAUUCUAAGUCAAUUUCAAAAUUAUUUCAGGAAGCAUCUCGGAUAAAACAUAUUCUUAGUGCAAAUUCAGAAGCACAUGUAAUGAUUGAAAACCUUUGUGAAGAUAUUGAUUAUAAUAUUAAAGUUACUCGAGAAAUUUUUGAGAAAUUAAUGGAGGAGUUUUCGGAACAAAUAAAAAAGCCUAUUACUACUGCUGUUUCAAUGACGCCUAUAGUCAUUAGACGUUUAGCCUCUGUUAUACUAGCUGGUGGUGGUGCGAGGGUUCCUUUUGUUCAAAAACAAAUAGAAACUAUGGUUGGAUCUGAAAAAGUUUCGAGGAGUGUAAAUGCUGAUGAGUCUGCUGUAAUGGGUGCUGUUUUUCGAGGAGCUGGGUUAUCAGGACAAUUUCGUGUGAAAAAUAUUAAAUCAAUAGAUAUUACUUUGAAUUCUAUUUUUAUGACUUAUUUGAGGAAUCUUUCUGAUACUUCUACUAGUAUUACUCAUUCUUUGUUUAUGAAAGGGACAAGAUUAGAACGCGAAAAUGCCAUAGACUUUCCUCAUAAAGAUGAUUUUUACGUUGAUUUUUCUUAUGUUACAGGUCACCGUCUUCCUGGUGUAAAAUUUGCUACUCUUAAAUUGAGCGGAUUUAAUGAAUCUUAUAAUUCUUUAAAAGAUGAGCAUGGAUGUUCUGACUUUUUAACAACGGUUACUUUUAAGUUGGAUACAUCAGGUUUGAUUGUGGUGACUAACGCAUUACUAAAAUGUAAAACGGAUCAUGAAAUGAAAAAUCUUCAUGAAUUGUUUAAUAGAAGAUAUAAUGAACGGCUGGAGAGUGAGAAUAUCCUUAAUCAAGACGAUCUUUCCGAUACUUCAAAUACUGAUGAUGAUGACGAUGAUGAAAAAAAAUCGAGAUCUUUAAAUUUUCAAAUUUUGUAUGUGGAUAUAAAUCCUCGAAACAAAGAUUUUAAGUUAAAUUCAAGAAAUAUGUUACUUGAUUUGAAUGAAAUAGAUAAAAGGAGAGCGGCACGUGAUGAAGCAAGAAAUACUCUUGAAGCUUACAUUUAUAAUGUUCAAGAGUCUCUUGAAACCGAUGAUUUUAUAGCUGUUAGCACUAAAGAACAGCGUGAGGAACUGUCAAAUGUUGUUGAAAAUGUAAGCGAAUGGCUUAGAAAGAAUGGAGAUAUAUCGACGUUAGAUGAAUUUUUCGAAUAUAAGAAAACUAUUCAAGUUUUAGAAGAACCUAUUUCAGAAAGAAAGAUUGAUGCUCGUGAACGAUCUGAUAGAAUUUCAGAACUAAGAAGGCGAAUAGAUGGUUUUAGACAUUAUUUGGGAAACCUUCCUAUUGAGAAAGUAGAAGAGUUUAAUGAUGAGUCUAAUGACGAUAACGCAAAUUCAUCUUUUGAAAACAUUUUGAAAAGCGGUAAUAUUAAUCCUAACCAGAGAUUACGACAUAAGGUUUUGGAGGUUGGAUUUAAGCCUGAAACUCUUGAGGUUUACAAGACAAAUGUUGAUAAUGUUGAAAAUUGGCUUAAUGAAAACAUAAAAGCUCAAGAAGCUUUAAAACCAUGGGAGCCUUCAAAACUUAAAGUUAAAGACAUUGUAUCUAAAAUACUGGAAUUAGAAGACCUUAAAGAAAACCUUCGUGUUAUGGAAUAUGUUUUUUUAAAAUCUAGAAACAUGAGAAAACAACACUCUGCAAAAAUGAAAUCUUCUACUUAA